AUGUCGGAAGCCCAAGAGCAAGGACACACACGAAUGGCUCGAUCUGAGGAAACAUUGUAUGGUUCAAAUACAUCACAUACAUACUCUGUAGAAAGAGUCCUUACUGGCAACACUCAUAAGAGUAAUAUUAGCAGCCACAAGUUUGAAGAUCCAUCAAAUCUCUCAGACAUAGCUCUCAAGGAUGAUGAAUUAAACGAUGUUCCCGCACAUAAUAAACCCAGUGAUGCACUGGCACCAGAAACCGAUUUAUAUGCAGGCAUUGUUGGUUGGGAUGGCCAAGACGACCCAGAUAACCCUCAAAACUUUCCUCCGAGCCGGAAAUGGCUUCUUCUCGGACUGAUUUCAAGCAUCACUGUCGUCAGUCCUCUAGCAUCUUCUAUGGUUGCUCCUGGUGUACCUUAUAUCGAAGAGACAUUUAACAAUCAUAAUGAAACACUAAGUACAUUUACUGUUACAGUCUUUCUUCUAGGCAUUGUCUUCGGACCUCUUUUCUUAUCACCAUUAUCAGAGAUUUAUGGAAGACGACCUGUACUAUGUGCAUCCAACAUCGUCUUUUGUUUAUUUCAAAUAGGUUGCGCUCUUGCUCCAAACCUUACCGCACUUAUAAUAUUUCGUUUCUUUGCGGGCAUUGGCGGUUCCGGUUGUUUGGCACUCGGUGGUGGUGUGAUAGCCGAUCUUUUUCGACGCGAGCAACGUGGAGCGGCUUCAGCAGCGUACACCAUUGGCCCUUUGUUUGGACCAGUAAUAGGACCUAUCUGCGGAGGCUUCAUAGCAGAAAGAGUUGGCUGGCAUUGGAUUUUCUGGGCUAUAUUCUGUGCUGGCACAGUAACAACAAUUGGCAUUGAAAUAUUCAAUCGCGAAACUUAUCCUCCUGUUUUGAUCCGAAGAAAAACACAAAAGCUUCGGCUAGAGCUUAAUCGUCCAGAUUUAUUAUCCUGCUAUGAUUUAGGAGGUGAUCCUAGUACCAGAACAGUUCUUCUCAAUGGCCUUCUUCGACCACUCAAGAUGUUAUUCAUGUCACCAAUCGUUUUCAUACUUUCGAUAUACAUCUGUUUUGCAUACAGCUUACUGUACCUGUUGUUCACUACAAUCACUCCAGUAUUCCAAGAGCAAUACGGAUGGAGUGUAGGACUCUGUGGUCUUGCUUAUAUUGGUAUUGGCAUUGGAUUCUUCUCAGGUCUAGCUCUCGUAACGAAAAUCUCCGACAAGACAGUAAUACGUAUGACCGCGGCAAAUAACGGUAUUUUCGAGCCAGAAAUGCGUUUACCGGCCUGUCUUUUCUUUUCAUUAUUCAUUCCCAUCACAUUUUUCUGGUAUGGAUGGUCAGCCGAAAAACACGCCCAUUGGAUCAUACCAGUUAUUGGACUGAUUCCCUUCGGAUUCGGCAUGAUGGGGGUUUUCAUUCCUAUCCAGACAUAUAUUAUUGAUAGCUUCCCUCUUUUUGCAGCUAGUGCGACAGCCGCUAUGACGGCUAGUAGAAGUCUUUUUGGCGCUCUGUUACCAUUGGCUGCGCCAAGUAUUUAUGCAAAAUUGGGACUGGGAUGGGGAAACACUAUGUUGGGGUUCAUAGCUGUAGCGAUGAUUCCCGCAACAGGCCUGAUCUAUAAGUAUGGAGGACAGAUUAGAAAGAGAUAUCCGCUUGAUCUAUGA